UAUAUAUGAUUAAAUAUGUCUGAAGCCACUCUGGAGGCUUUUCCCAACCCCUCGAUGCAGCUGAGCCCCACUGCAUCACUUGAAGGACUCCCUGCGGAGGAGGAUGUGCCAGAGACUCAAAGAGAGGAGACAAGGGUGCAAGGAAUAGCAGGCCUGGCUGCUACUUGCUGUGUCUGCCUGGAAACAGAACAACUGAAAGGCUGUCUGAACUCUGAAAAAAUCUGCAUUGUUCCCAUUUUGGCUUGCCUAAUCAGCCUGUGCCUCUGCAUUGCCGGCCUCAAGUGGGUCUUUGUGGACAAGAUUUUUGAGUAUGACUCUCCUACCCACCUCGGCCCCGACAGGAUCGGACAAGAUCCCAUCACUCCCGUGGAUCCGACUGCCCUCUCUGCCUGGGUGCCGUCCGUGGUGCAUACUUCAUACUUUCCUUUGCCUACCAGUGAAGUUGAAGUUGAGGUCACAGGGCAGGUGGAUGGCUCCCUCGUUCCCUCUGAGGCUGCUCCUUGGUCAUCACCACAUAACAGUGUGUUAGGUUCUAAUUUCUUACCCUCCUUGGCACCCUCCUUACCUCCACUCAGCCUGGAACCGGAGGUGAAAAGAGCCACAACAGCUUCUCUGGCAGAAGAAACAGAAACUAAUAUCCAAACAGCUUCACCAAAAGUUGCUACAUCUACGUCUACUACUGGGACCAGUCAUCUCACAAAAUGUGAUGUGAAUAAGAAAGGCUUCUGUGUGAAUGGUGGAGAAUGCUUCAUGGUCAAAGACCUCCCAAACCCACCAAGAUAUUUAUGCAGGUGCCCAAAUGAAUUUACUGGUGAUCGCUGUCAAAACUACGUAAUGGCCAGCUUCUACAAGCAUCUUGGGAUUGAAUUUAUGGAAGCUGAGGAACUCUACCAGAAAAGGGUGUUGACCAUAACUGGCAUCUGCAUUGCUCUCCUUGUGGUUGGCAUCAUGUGUGUGGUGGCCUACUGCAAAACCAAGAAGCAGCGGAAAAAGUUGCACGACCGCCUUCGACAGGGCCUUCGGUCAGAAAGGAAUCAUCGGGUCAAUAUGGCAAACGGGCCUCACCAUCCUCACCCACCACCAGAAAACGUUCAGCUGGUCAAUCAAUAUGUAUCUAAAAACGUAAUAUCCAGUGAGCAUGCUGUCGAGAGGGAAACAGAGACAUCAUUUUCUACCAGCCACUAUACUUCAACGACUCACCACUCUACAACGGUCACUCAGACACCCAGCCACAGUUGGAGCAAUGGCAGGACCGACAGCAUCAUCUCCGAAAGCCACUCAGUGCUUGUGAGUUCCUCGGUGGAGAACAGCCGACAUACAAGCCCGACAGGCCCCCGAGGGCGUCUCAAUGGCUUCGGAGGGCCGCGAGAAUGCAACAGUUUCCUCAGGCAUGCACGAGAGACGCCCGAUUCCUAUCGUGAUUCACCUCACAGUGAAAGGUAUGUAUCUGCUAUGACCACACCAGCUCGCAUGUCACCUGUAGAUUUCCACACUCCGAAUUCUCCAAAGUCACCUGCUUCAGAAAUGUCUCCACAGGUCUCCAGCUUAACAAUGUCUGUCCCUUCUGUGGCAGUCAGUCCGUUUAUAGAAGAGGAGAGGCCUCUCCUUCUUGUGACACCGCCCCGGUUGCGUGAAAAAUACGAGCAUCACAUACAACUGUUCAACUCCUCUUACCACCACAAUCCUGCACAUGAAACCAACAGUCUCCCACCAAGUCCUCUGAGGAUAGUGGAGGAUGAGGAAUAUGAAACCACGCAGGAAUAUGAACCCGCACAGGAGCCCCAAAAGAAACUAGUCAACAGUCGGAGGGCAAAAAGAACAAAGCCCAAUGGCCACAUUUCCAACAGAUUGGAAAUGGACACUGACACAAGCUGUGAGAACAGUAGCUCAGAGAGUGAAGCAGAAGAUGAAAGGAUAGGAGAAGACACGCCUUUUCUGAGUGUACUGAACCCCACAGCAGCCGACCUAGAAUCAGCUACUGCAUACCGGCUGGCUGACACCAGGACUAACCAAACCAGCCGGUUCUCCACACAAGAAGAGUUGCAAGCAAGAUUAUCCAGUGUAAUAGCUAACCAAGACCCCAUCGCUGUAUAAAAAAAAAACAUUUUAAACAAAAAACCCACAUAGAUUCACAUGUAAAACUUUAUUUUAUAUAAUGAAGUACUCCACCUUUAAAUUAAAACAAUUUAUUUUAUUUUA